AUGGUCUUCAAUCCUGAUAUAUCUUUUUUUAUAUCAUUCAAUGACCUUGACCCAUCGACUCAGAAGCAAUGCAUUUUCUUCACACAGAAAGGCGCAAGGUGCAAAAGCAAUUGCCGGGAUCAAGACAAUCAACGCGCAGUCGAACUUCAGCAUUUACUCAAGGCGACGCCAGUUGAAGAUAUUAAGAUCAAAAUACUAAGCGAGUACGCCCAAUGCAAUUGCUUUUUAUGGGAACGUGCUCAGCAUCGUGACAAGAUAGAAGAUUUGCAACUUUUGACACCACUGGCCCAGAGAUGGCUCAACGAGAUUCGAGCACAACCGGUCUUGUCAUUAAAUAAAGCAAAAUCUGUCAGGCUCGCUCGCGACCGAGCCCCCGCCGCAGCUGCUUCUGAUGCUACUGGGAAACUGUCCGUAUUCAAGGCGUCAGAUGAAUACACCUGUCAUCUACCAACCUCCUCAAGCACUUUCGGCCUCAUAUCCAACGGACUUGAAGACCAAAAAGGUUACAACCUUCGGACCCGCCGUAUAAACAGCUCUGAAAAUCUCGCCCACCGCCAGCCCUUUGCAGUCACUCAGCCUGCUUUAUCCGAGUUUCGUCGUCACAUUGCAGAGCCUUCUCCCGGCGAUUCAGUGUAUCAAAAGAUGCUCACACCUCUCAAAAAGCGAGAUUUUGAGACAGGAUCACUUUAUAUUUUUGAUCGCGAAUCUUCCCCUGGCCAUGUAAAGAUUGGCUGGACAGCAAAGACAGUUUCGGAUCGACUAGUAGACUGGUCAAACUGCGGUUAUGAGCCAAACUUAUUAUUCAGCCUGAAUGAUAUUCCUCACGCUCAUCGUGUCGAGACCCUUACACAUUAUGAACUAAUCAAGGAAUGGCGCCGAGAGCGAAGGGAGAUUGUGAUCAACAAAACGAUCGCUGCCGAGAAAGGUGUUGGCCAAUUACCGGUACCAGAAACUGGCAAGGAAAUCACCAGGCUCCUUCCUAGAGCCAAGCCUCCCAAAGUGUCUGAAGCGGAAUAUGUCGUUAAAGUGGAGCAAACGGAACAAUCGCAAAGUAACGACUUCAAAGAGAUAUCGGUGAAGGACUUCGAAAGCGACUUAUUGACCAAGUCCGAGUUCGCGCAGGAGGUCAAAACGACUCGCACCGAAGUCAAACACAAGCCAGUGGCAGCCAAGGUGUGGCAUAUGCCUAAAAAUAUAUCGCUGGCCAUCUCACCACGUAUUGACCUUAAAAGCCCUCACAUUUCUGCGUCUUCUCUUCAAUGUGUGAAACAACGCCCGGAUGUCGAAGCCAAGCAACUAAGUGGAAAAGAUAUUUCUCUUAACAAACGGUCCCCUCCAGCUGACCCUCUCUAUAAUCUCACCACCAACUCAUGGGACUUCCCGUCAAACAUCGAGCCAAAUACACAAACGAAGGUUCUUACAUAA